AUAGGCUGGGUAUCCGAGGCGGCGGCACAUGGCAGCAGGUGGGGGCGUCUCAGAGAGGGGGUCGCCCCCUGAACGCAGUCGCCGCACGCCGGUCACUCUCCCUCUCCUCCUCCGGGCCCCCUCGCAUGAUACGGGCGGGGCAGAGCAGGGGCAGGCCGUGCGUUACACCAGGGUCCGGGAGCCGGACGAAGGGCUAGCGCGCCUGCAGCACCUAGCGAGAGGAAGGCGGUGUGCGGCGGCGGCGGGGGGGACCCCGCCGCCUUACAGCACUGUGAACAGCCGGCGCUGGCCCCGCGGGGACUGCAUGGUGCGCGCCCGCCGCGGCGUCCUGCCCGCCGCUCGCCUCCUCCCCUGCAGGGGGCUCCUCGCUCCAGCGGACUCCUGGUGGCGGUGGUGGCGCUCCUGGGACGCGCUUGGCUCGGCUCCUCCCCCGCGCACUCGCAACCCUUUCGCCCACCUCUGUCUGGCACUGAACGGCGCUCGGCGGCGGCGGUGGCAACCGCGGCAGAGUCACGGCCUCGGGCUGACUGGCCUCUCCUGCCCCGCCUGGUCACCUGCUUCUAAAGCCCGCCGGGAGGCCCCGCCCAGACCCCGCCCCCUCGCGCUGGGGCUCGGUUGGUGGGAUGCCCCGCCACGCCCUCCGCGCGUCCCCGCCCACUGCCCCGCGAUCUUGGCCUCUCCUCCGGGCGCUCUCCGGCCCCGCCCGGAGCGGGCAGCCGAGGAAUGCCGGCCAAUGGAUGACCGGGAAGUGACGGGGGCGGAGCGAAUGCUAAUCACGCCUUCUUGAGACCCGGGGCGGGAAACCCUAGCUAGAAGUCCCAGAGAGUUCCCUGCUGGCGCCUACGGGUAAGGGGCUCACUUUCCUGUAAUGUUCUAGCUUAUGAACCUUUUCUCUUAGGGCCGCUACCAGUUCAAUCUGCAGCUAAGAAUCCUUACAGAGUCCAGCGCUUGUUUAAAAGAACUGCUCAAAGAAUCUUCCUUAACCGUGGCACCUGUCUCCCCUCUGUGCUGUCCUCAUUCAUACCAGAUGAGAAAAUGGGCCAAGAAAGCAAGUUUUGGAUGCCUUACCAAGCUGAAUGAGAGAAAAUUAGAGAAAACCCAAACCCCAGGGGAGGACUGGCUAGGUGUAUAACACUGUUGAUUGUGCAACUACAUGAGCGUCAAAGACAACCUCGUUCAGUGUGUCUCUGGCUGUUUGUCUGCAGACUGUUACAGAUUGAAAACUGCUGUAAAACAUGUCUUCCAACACAUCCAGAGCUGCUGUGUCCACAGAGACAUCAUACACGUGAGGAAACUGGGACCCUGAGGAGUUGAUUUACACAAAGACAAAGAAGCAGUUUGAGGAGAAGCCUGGGCUGGCUGAAGUCUUCCAAAUCACCCUCCACGUCUUCUUCUGCUGUACAAUGCUGCCUCCUCCUCUCCAGCUUUAAUUCCUCCUCCCCACCCCUUCCACCCCCCCAAUUCUCUUUGCUUCCAUUUUAUCCUGGUUUUGGAUCAUGAAGCCCUAAGUAAGAAUGCAGAAAACAGUUAAUUUUAAUCCAGCAAUUCCACUUCUAGAUAUUUACCUAAGAGAAAACAUUUGUCGUCGAAAAAGACAUUAUUUUCCCCCCCCAUUUUUAUUCAUAAUAAUUGAAAACAGCCCAGAUGUCAAUUGACAGCUGGCUACGCAAUCUGUGGUGAGUCCAUGCAAUAGAAUAUUACUCACCAAUAAAAAGGAAAACAAUUACUGAUACAUGUGACAACCUGGAUGAAUCUUGCAGACAUUACGCUGAAUGGAAGAAACCAGACACAAGGAUAUACUGUAUGGUUUUGCUUAUAUGAAGUUCUAGAAGAGGCAAAACGAGACAUCAGAUUAGUGUUAUUUGCAGAAGCUACAAGGAUGGGGAUGGAAAUCGUAUGGGGGGAGGAGACGAUUAACUGGGAAGGGGUAUAAGGAAACAUUUUGGGGUGAUGAAAAUGUUCCAUAUCUUGAUGGGAAUGGGGAUUACAGGGUGUAUGCAUUUGUUAGAACUGAUCAAUCUGUAUACUUAAGAUCUGUCCACUUCAGUAUUGUAAUUUUACCUAAAUUCUAAAAGUGGGGGGGACAAAAUGUAAUACAUGACCGUUGCAAAACUUUACACAGAAGUAAUGGAGUAAGCAAAAAUUAUUUUCCCACAUCUAAAUCUCACAUCUCUGUGCUAACUGCUGUUUAUUAUUUCAUGCAAUAACCUUCCAGAGACUCUUUCUAGGUACAUACUUCCCCAUAAAUGGGCUCAUGCUGUCCACUGGCUGUAACCAGCUCCAUGAUAACACAUAGAGCUAAGGGAAGGCUUUUCAGGAGAUAAGCAACCAGACUGAAAUGGCCAUUUCUGAGUGUCUAUAAUGGCCUAUUUUCAUGUUAAAUAUUAAUUGUUUUUCCAUGUUAGCCUGCUCAGAAAGAUUUUUGUGGAUGCCGCUAAAAGGUAAAAGAAAGUUCUGGUGACAAUAUUUUUCUAAAUGGUUUUUAUUUUAAGGGAGCUACACCCUCUCACCCAUGUCAUCCCCGGUUUCUUCUUUUCAUUCCUGCCUCUUUUGUUGACAUCUAAGGUGACGCUAUUUAAUCCCGUUGCCUUUUUUCCUUUUCAGCGGUGCCAAACACUUCCACUGGCUUGAGCCCUACUGAGGUGUGUGGAGAAAGUGCUGAUCUCUCAUUGGUUAAAUCAGUGGUUCCCCAAGAAUGAGGACCCCUUCUUAAGGUCUAAACAUCCCAAAGUCAUUCCCUAUGACACUUGUAAUAUCUGUUAAUGAGAAAAUACCUGAAAAGGAAAAGCUACUAUUAAUGAAAUGUAAUGUCUUUCAUUGGAUUUGCGUUUUAUUAACUACAAGAGUAUCUACACUCAUUAAAAUAGUAUGAAAAUAAUAACAGGAAGUACUAUUUGUCAUGUACUCAUUAUAUGCCAAGUAUUUUGUUAAGUGCUCUACGCAGGUGAUCUAUAAUUCGCCCCACCACCCUACAGGGUAGAAACCUUUAUUAUCCCUGUUGUAGAGAUGAGGAAACAGGCUCAGAGAGGUUAAGUAACUUGCCUAAGCUCACACAGGUGGGAAGUGGUGGCCUGAGAAUUCAGUCUGACAGGCAUGAAGGAUUUAAUGCCACUUGAUCCUGCCUCUUUUAUUGACUUAUUCUGUGGACAUUGUUUGGUCUGCCUAUGAAUUCUCCAGCCCCUGGCUUAAUCUCAGGGCCUCCUAGGAAUCUGAGACCACCAGGAGAGAGUCACAGGCUCUUUGGGGAAUGAGCAUAGGUGCUGAGCACUCAGCCUGGAGUUGAGCUUCAACUUGUUCAGUAGCGGAACAAGUUCAGUAGUACAGGUACCUCCUAAAUCCAGCCUCAUUCUUGUAGCACAUCUCAAACCCCUGAGCUUUUCUCCUGCGGGAGUAGGCCUCUGUCUAGUCGGCUGUCCUUGUGUUCCCAGAGGCUGGAGGGGUUAACAGUUGAGAACUUGUUUGCAGACCAUUAGAAACAAUAAUCACCUUGCCCAGUAACCUGAUCUACCUCAAAAGAAGGGUCUUGAUUUUGACAAACAGUUUAAGUGGCCUCUGUGUAAAGUGGAGGGGUGGAGCAGGCCCGGUUGCAUUUCUUCUGGGCAGUUGGAAUUUGUGUGGAAAUCCAGCCAGCCCCAAGGGCCAAUUCCUGGGCCUAGGGGUACUGAGCUCACACCCUGGUGGCCGUUUCUCCCCCUGGAAUUCUGUGACCGGCUUCCUCUCUGUGUAGAGAUCUGAUACAAGGCCCCACAUGGCUGCUUUCUCUACCCAGCCUGGGGGAGCGAGGAACUCUUUCGUUGGUGUUCAGUGGACUGAGCAUAGUCACUGAAUCUUUACUGUGGGCUCCGAGGUAUGGCCAUCUUUCGUCCUCACCACUAAGCGUUAUGGCUCUUAUGCCUCCCCUUUCACAGGGAGGAAGGUGAGAGUCAGAGACAGCUGUGUGCAGGGCUCAGCGCUGAUUGUAAAACUUCCCGGAAUUUGGCAAU